AUGUCUAUGUUGUGUUUUCAAUUGUAUGAAGUAGAUUUGGAUGGAAAUGUUGUUCAUUUAACUGACUUACAAGCUCUGCCAGAAAUUGUGGAGGAAAAGGAAAUAAAGAUGCCUGAUCAACUGAAUAAAAGUUAUGAUACUGAACUUGAAGCAUUUAAAUCUCUUGCUGGUGACUUUGAUGCUGAUAGUCUCAAAGCUUUUAUACAUCAAAUUAGUUCUGGUGUUAAAGAUAGUCUCUCACCUAUUGUCCUUUCUCCAAGUUCUGAUAAAUCCCACAGGACGGCAGUGCAUACUUUUUUCAAGGAUCAUUUGAAAUUCCUUGUUACCGACACAAUAGAUGGGCCAGACCCCUCAUCAAAAUGCAUUCGUGUGUGGUUCAAUGCAGGAGGGAAUAAUGGAACAGGCAGAAACUCAGGAGGGAAUAAUGGCACAGGCAGAAACUCAAAGAAACGGAAAGAUAGGGGCAGUAGGCCUUACGACAAUAGAGGUUCAGAUAAUUGGCCUGACCAUCUUGAUAAGUUUCUUAGGUUCCAUCUUUACAAGGAGAAUAAGGAUACCCAAGAGGCAUUAGGACUGAUUGGAAAGAUGCUAGGCAUUCAGCCAAGGUCAUUUGGAUUUUCUGGUACAAAAGAUAAGCGUGCUGUAUCGACUCAAAGGGUAACUGUUUUCAAGCAGCGUUCAAGUAGAUUAGCUGCUCUUAAUGAAAGGUUGAUUGGUAUCAAAGUUGGUGACUUUUGCCAUGUCAAAGAAGGACUUCUUCUCGGGCAGCUCUAUGGAAACCGAUUUACAGUUACAUUAAGGGGUGUUGAAGCAGAUUCUGAAGACACCAUCAAAGCAUCUGCGGUUGCUUUAGGAAAGCAUGGAUUUAUAAACUACUUUGGUUUACAACGAUUUGGAAGUGGUUCAGUGCCAACUCACCUUAUUGGCGCUACACUACUUAGAGGAGAGUGGAAAGCUGCAGUGAGCAUGAUUCUUGAUCCAAGAGAAGGGGAUAAGGAUUCCGUAAGAAUGGUACGUGAAUAUUAUAAAGAAAGUAAUGAUAUUGAUGGGACCUUGAAGCAAUUGCCUCGUUAUAUGGUGGCUGAAAGGGCUAUACUGCAGUGUUUGAAGAAAUGUCCUGGAAACUACUUACAAGCUCUAAAGGCUAUACCUAGGACUCUUAGAAUGAUGUAUGUGCAUAGUUACCAAAGCUACUUGUGGAACCAUGCCGCAAGUAUGAGAGUGCAAAAAAAUGGAAUUGACCAAGUUGUGUUGGGAGAUUUGGUAUAUUGUAAGGGAGAAUCUACUGAAAAAGUAACAGGAAUCAGUAGUUCUGAAUGUGAAGGUGAUAGCUGUAAUGAUACAUAUGAGUGUAGCCAACUAGAUGAAAUCUCUGAAACAGUUCUCCCUGAAGAAAAAAGCAACUCCGUGAAGGCUAUAGAUGAAGAUGAUUUAGUCGCUGGAAAUUAUACAACUGAGGAUGUUGUCCUUCCUCUGCCUGGUUCAAGGGUAAUCUAUCCGUCAAAUGAUAUUGGCAAAGUUUAUCAUGAUUUAGCAAAAAAGGAUGCUAUUAGCUUGACAGAGAGUGUACAUAGUGUCAAGGAAUUCUCGAUAACCAAUAUGACUGGAGGUUAUAGGCGGGUAUUUCAGAAACCGAAGGACUUCGAAUGGGAAAUACUCAGGUAUACAGAUGGAAACAUACCACUGGCGGAGACAGAUUUGGACAUUAUUGCCAAGUCAAAACCCGCAACUCUGGUGACAAAAGAGGACUCAACCGAUGGAAAUGAAGAUGUAAAACAUCCUUCAAACUGCAUGAAUCAACGGGAGGGCUCUGAAAAUGAUACAUCUUUUUCAACAUAUAAUAACGAGGCCAAAGAUGUCAGAGAAGAGGUGCCACAACAGCUGUCUGCAGAUCACUCAAAUGCUGAGGAAGUGAAGACAGCUCUCAAGUUGAGCUUUACUCUUCCGGCUUCUUGUUAUGCAACUAUGGCCAUAAGGGAGCUGCUUAAAACGUCAACUUCUGUUGCAUUUCACAAAACCUUGAACCAGUAAAAUCAGUGCUUGUAGGAAUAUGAAGAUUUCGUUUCGAGAGAAAGUAGUCUCUUGUAAAACAAGACGGAGUCAAUGGGCAAAACAGGUUGUAUUUUAGUGAGACAUUAAAAUCUCAGAGGUGGUUGUUUUUCUUGGAAAUUUUGGAGACAACAAACAAAUGGCUUUUUGUAAUAAUUGAUGGGAAGAUAGACAAAGGUAGUUGACCCCUUUUUCUAUUUUAAGACUUUCUGUACACUUGGAGAUUCUCUUCUCAAAGCAUAUUUUCCAACUCUUAUCCUAAAUUUGUUUUAGUUUAUUUUGGUAUAUGAUAUGUGAAAACAUAUAUAUUGGAACUCUAUCCUAAAUUUAAAUAUUAGAAACAGAACAUAUUAA